AUGCCAGUCAUGCCUGGCAAGAAGGUAGUCGUUGUCGGUGCUGGCCCUGUCGGCUCUCUAGCAGCACUCUAUGCCGCCUGUCGGGGGUUUGAAGUCGAGGUAUAUGAACUUCGCAGAGAUUUACGGAAUGCUGACACCACUCCACUCAACUUCACAAAGUCCAUCAAUCUGGCACUCUCUGAGCGUGGUAUCAAUGCCCUCCGAUCUGCUGCCGAUGACGUUCUUCUGGACAAGAUUCUGACCCAGACAAUCCCUAUGCAUGGUCGAAUGAUCCACACUCGGUCAGCUACCGGAGCAUUGUCUCAACAAACUCAGUUAUAUGAUGUUCAUGGCAGCUUCUUGCGGUCGGUCGACCGCGCUGGCCUCAACGAUAUAUUGCUUGAUCACUUAGAUUCUUUGCCUAACGUCACUUUCUUUUUCCAGCACAAGUUGACCGGCGCAGACUUUUCGCAGAAGAAAGCUUGGUUUGAAGUCAUGAACAAGUCCACGCCUUCCUCUGGGCGAGCAAGAGAGAUUGAAAUAGAUUUCGACCUCUUGAUCGGCGCUGAUGGUGCACAUUCGGCCACCCGGUUUCACAUGAUGAAGUUCGCUCGGAUGAACUAUCACCAGGAGUACAUCGAUUGCUUAUGGUGCGAGUUCAGAAUGCCUCCAGACAAAUCAGGCGACUUCGCCAUCCAUCCGAAUCGUCUUCAUAUCUGGCCUGCGGGCAGUUUCAUGUUUAUCGCUUUGCCAAAUCUCGACAGGUCUUUUGUUUGCACAUUGUUCGGCCCGGUCGGCCUUUUCAACAAGCUGGAAGCCGGUUUGGACAGUGAUCUUGUUUCAAUGUUUGACAAGCAUUUCCCGGGCGUGACUACUCACAUCAAGCCGGAAGACUUAAUCGCCCAAUUCAAACGUAAUCCACAUCUUCCUCUUGUCAAUCUCAAAUGCUCUCCACAUCACUUUGGCGAUAGCGUCGUCAUUGUUGGAGAUGCCGCGAACGCUAUGGUUCCGUUUUAUGGCCAGGGAAUGAAUGCUGGCUUAGAAUCGGUCAGGGUGCUGUUCUCCAAGUUGGACCAAGCACAGACCACUGCGCAAGGACUUGCUAAUUAUACUGCGGAGCGUGUGACUGAUGCACAUGCAAUUGCGGACCUGGCAAUAGCAAACUAUACCGAGAUGAGAUCGUCAGUCACCUCAAAGUUCUAUAAAGUAAGGAAGUAUAUUGAGGAAAGCCUUGACAAGUACUUACCUUCUCUCGGCUGGGCAACGCAAUACUCUCGCGUGAGCUUUAGCAAUAUGAGAUACAGUCAAGUCAUUGAGAAAUCCCAGCGUCAGAAACUCAUUCUGACAUGGGCGUUACGCGCUACAGUACUUGCAGGGUUAUACGGCGGCGCUGUGGUGCUCCCCUACCUCUGGUCGAGGCGUUCUCAAACGUUCUUAUGGCGCCCUUGA